GCUUGGGUGCUGCCUCUGCUGCUCUCCUGCCAUGGCUGCCCUCUCUUGCAGAGCACCCUCGCAUCUCUCACCAAGAUGUCCUGCUACGACGUGUGCACGCCCAAAACCAGCGUGGCUGUGCCCCAGCCCAUCGCUGAGAGCUGCAACGAGCUGUGUGCCCGCCAGUGCCCCGACUCCUCGGCCUUGAUCCAGCCGCCCCCCGUGGUGGUCACCUUCCCCGGCCCCAUCCUCACCUCCUUCCCCCAGCAAGCCGUGGUGGGCUCCUCCGGAGCACCGGCCUUUGGCGGCUCCCUGGGGCUGGGCGGCCUCUACGGCGCCGGCGCCACCCAGGCCUCGGCUGGCCUCUGCACCUUUGGCAGAGCCUGCGCUGCUCCCGCCUACAGCCCUUGCGCCCUGCCCCGCUACAGCAAGAAGCUCUGGGACACCUGCGGGCCCUGCUAGAGCCACCACAGCCCAGCCCGAACGCGUGCGGCCGCCUCAGCCCAGCAUGGACAAGUUGAGCUCUGCACAAGCUGCCCUGGCCUCCUGCAGCCCGUGACACCCAGCCAG